GGUCUGGAGAGGUCUGCCACACCAUGUGGUCACCUCCAAGGCUAGAGAUCGAACUUGCACGAAAGUGGCUGUGACUCGCUUGCAGUGUGUGCUUUAACCCAUUGGGAGGGCCCAAGGGAGGUAAGUUUUAAUGAGGCCAUUCUGCAGACAAGGAAAAUGAAGUUGAGAGAAGCAGCAGCAGAGCUGGGAUUAGAACUCCAGACCAAGCAGCUCCAAACCAUGGGCUGACCUCUGAAGGAAUGACAAGGAGACAGGUGCUAUUGCCUAUAGCCCGGGGCUCCAGGCUAGCCCGAGUCCUUGUCCUCUCCCUGCCUGCAGGCCCCUCAGAGUGGCACAAGCUAUACCCCAUUGCCCAGGGGAACCGCCAGUCACCAAUCAAUAUCGUGUCCAGCCAGGCUGUGUACUCACCCAGCCUGAAGCCACUGGAGCUGUCCUACGAGGCCUGCACGUCCCUCAGCAUCACCAACAAUGGCCACUCAGUCCAAGUGGACUUCAAUGACAGUGAUGAUCGAACUGUGGUGACUGGGGGCCCCCUGGACGGGCCCUACCGGCUCAAGCAGUUCCAUUUCCACUGGGGCAAGAAGCAUGGCGUGGGCUCCGAGCACACAGUGGAUGGCAGGUCAUUCCCCAGCGAGCUGCACCUGGUUCACUGGAACGCCAAGAAGUACAGCACCUUCGGGGAGGCGGCCUCGGCGCCCGAUGGCCUGGCUGUGGUCGGUGUCUUCUUGGAGACCGGGGACGAGCACCCCAGCAUGAACCGCCUGACGGAUGCACUCUACAUGGUUCGAUUUAAGGACACCAAGGCCCAGUUCAGCUGCUUCAACCCCAAGUGCCUUCUGCCUGCCAGCUGGCACUACUGGACCUACCCAGGCUCCCUGACGACGCCCCCACUGAGCGAGAGCGUCACCUGGAUUGUGCUCCGGGAGCCCAUCAGGAUCUCUGAGAGGCAGAUGGAGAAGUUCCGGAGCCUGCUCUUCACCUCAGAGGAUGAUGAGAGGAUCCACAUGGUGAACAAUUUUCGGCCACCUCAGCCACUGAAGGGGCGUGUGGUCAAGGCCUCCUUCCAGGCCUGAAUGGCCCACGAGGACACCACCUUCCCAAGGGCUUCCAUGCUCAGCAGACACCAAACCAUUGAGGCUCCCUGCCUGGGGGUGCUGUGGACCCCCUUCAGUCAGCUUGCUCCUUGGCCACCCUGGAGGUUCUACACAGGGUCCUCAAGUUGGGGACUUCGUUUCGCUGCCCGGGGGACAGGAGCCCAGCGUGGUCCGAGCCUGGCGCUGCCUCUGCUCUCCACGCUCCAAAGGCCUCUGGGAACCUCUUCUUGUCUUCCCCACUGGCAGUGGCGGUGAGCCCGCCCUGAGCUUACACUGUGAUGGACGAGACCUGAGCUCUCUGGGGCAGGCAGCUGGCACUGCCAGAAAGACUCAAGCAAUAAUCAGAGGUGGGCAGAGCUGCCCUCUCGGCGUUACCUCUUCUGCAGGCCUCCGCCACACAUGCACCUCACUGCCAGGCCUUUAAAAUCAGCACACAGCCUGCUGGAGGUGACACGGCCUCCUCUCUCCAGCUCCUGCUGCUAAGGGCAGGUGCUGGCUGCAGCUUAUAUAGUAUCGCCUCUCGUCCUCACCCAGCCACCAAAGCCA